AUGGUCACGACAGAACUCUCCCACUCUCACUACUCUUCCAUCAUGACCAAACCCACUCUCAAAAACAAAUCUUCCUCUCCAUGCUUCUCCGACGGGUUCCUCUUCCUCGGAGGAGCACUCUCAGCUCUUGUACUCGUCUGGGGUUUCUCCACCUUAACAAUACCCAUCCCAUACCAAAACCCCACUUUAAAAUCCCAACAAAACAACGCCGUUUCAAAUCCCACUCCUGACUUACUCUACGACCCACCAGACCAAACAUUCUACGACGAUCCCGAAAUGGGAUACAACAUGGACGACAACAUUCAAAACUGGGACGAGAAACGACAACAAUGGCUAAAACUCCACCCUUCUUUCUCAGAUAAAGAAAAAGUCCUAAUGCUCACCGGAUCACAACCCUCCCCGUGCAAAAACCCAAUCGGCGACCACUUGUUACUAGGAUUCUUCAAAAACAAAGUAGAUUACUGUCGUAUCCACGGCUACGACAUUUUCUACAACAACGCUCUUUUACAACCUAAAAUGUUCGCAUACUGGGCUAAAUACCCUGUCGUUAAAGCCGCAAUGAUGGCCCACCCGGAAGCCGAGUGGAUCUGGUGGGUCGACUCAGACGCGUUAUUCACCGACAUGGAGUUCAAGCUUCCUUUUCAUCGUUACAAGAAUCACAACCUCGUGGUUCACGGUUGGCCUCAUUUGAUCCACGAGAAACGGAGCUGGACGGGCCUAAACGCCGGCGUGUUCUUGAUCAGAAACUGUCAGUGGUCGUUGGAUUUAAUGGAUGCAUGGGCCGGAAUGGGCCCGCAAAGCCCGGAAUAUGAAAAAUGGGGUGAAACCCUCCGGUCAAUUUUCAAAGACAAAUUUUUUCCAGAGUCAGAUGAUCAGACGGGCCUGGCUUACUUGAUCGCGGUGGAGAAAGAAAAAUGGGCGGACAGGAUUUACUUGGAAGGUGAAUAUUAUUUUGAGGGUUACUGGGAGGAAAUAAUUGGAACAUUCGAGAAUAGUACUAUCAGAUAUAAUGAGAUUGAAAAAGGGGUGCGUAGGUUAAGGAGGCGUCACGCGGAGAAGGUGAGUGAAGGUUACGGUGCGGUGAGGGAAGAGUUUUUGAGAGAGGCGGGUUAUGGGAAAGGGAGUUGGAGGAAACCGUUCGUGACGCAUUUUACGGGUUGUCAGCCGUGUAGUGGGAAGUAUAAUGAAAUGUACACGGCGGAGGCUUGUUGGAACGGGAUGCGUAGUGCGCUUAAUUUUGCUGAUAAUCAGGUUAUCAGGAAAUAUGGUUUUGUGCAUCCGGAUCUAGAGGAUAAUAGGGUUUCUUCUUUACCUUUUGAUUAUCCAAAACCUAAACCCAAGCAAUGA